UCUUGGUCUGAUAUCAGAAUAUUUUUGCCAGGAAUGUUACCAAAUUAUAUGUUGCUAGGGAACUUAUUUUGUAAAUCAUUGCGUACUAUCAUUGUUGUGACGGGGUGUUGUUAGGUCCUUUGCCUGGGGAAUGAACUUCAACAGGUGGAGAAGUUGUACACCUGUAUUUUGAGUUGUUUGGUGACAACAUGCCCCUGUCCGCCGGCUUGGUGCUGUGUGAGCCGACAGAACUGUACAAUAUCCUCAACCAGUCCACGGUCUACCCGUGUCUGAGUGAUCCCAACUAUCUGUUACUCCUCGAUGCUCGGAGCAGUGAGGACUAUGCCGUGAGCCAUGUUCUCACAAGCAAGAAGGCAUGGCGUAAGAAUGGUGAAUACCUGGUGCCUUAUGAUUCUGAGAUUGAGUGUAAAACCCACUGUGUGGUGUAUGACAGCCACACAAGGUCUCUAAAGGACAGUGGGGAUGCCAUUACCUGUGCUACAGUUCUGGCUAACAGUGGAAGCAAGAAUCCAGUAAAAGUUCUGAGGGGAGGCUAUGAGGACUUCUCAGCCUUGUAUCCCUUCUUAAGAACACAGAAAAUCAUCUACAUGCCACAGGAGCUGGAUGACUUGAUGGUGUGGCCAUGUGAGGUUCUCCCGGGACUUCUGUAUGUGGCCAACUAUGAGCAGGCCUGCACGGCUGUCAUCCUGAAGGAACUCAAGUGUAAAGGAUACAUCAACGUGUCCACAGAACCUGACCCAAGCUUCCCAGGCCGUCAGAACCCUGAGGUGCUGAGAAUAGUUGCAGAAGACUCCCCGGACACAGACUUGCUGUCCCAUUUUGAGGAGGCCUGUGCCUUUAUAGACAAACAGAAGAAAGCUGAACAUGCAGUACUGGUGUUUGACACAAGGGGGAUCAGCAGAAACAUUUGCAUUGCAUUGGCAUAUCUGAUGCACCUCUACAGGUGGCCACUCAAGGAUGCGUACAAACACAUGCUUGGCUGCAAACACAACAUCAGCCCCAACAUGGGCUUCCUCCGUCAGCUGAGCCAGUGGGAGGAGAAACUGAUCGGAGCAAACGUCACCAACUUCAGCGAGCGCAACUGUCAUACUUGGAUGCGUUGAAUAUGCCGGAUUUUUGUUUGUCUGGAUACAGUAGGAGAUGUCCGUCCACUUAAAGAUUGGUAAACUAGCUGGCUCUACCCUUUGAGCCUGCAGAGAUGGUAUGGUCCAUCGCAGAAACUUCUCAUAAGUAUGGUGUUUUUAAAAGACAUGUAUAUCUUUU